AGGACUGAGGCGGACGGCGAGCGGGCGGCCAGGGCAGGGCGUCAGGCCGGUGCAGGCUGCGGGGCCGACGUCCGGGCCGCGGGAGCAGGGACGGAAGUUGGGGCGGGGCGGACCCGGGGGUGUUCUGAGGAGGCGGACUGGGGCGCCACCGGCUUCUGAGGGGCGGCUCGCCCCCUUCCGGCCCGGGGCUGGUCGGCGGGGCCGCGGGGGCAGGGCGGGCUGCGUGCCGGGUCUGGCCCUGCUCUGCGGCCCGCGCUCGGCGUUCCGGGCCUCCGGGCCGCGCGCCCGCCCAGGGGCUGCGGGUCUGGCCUCCAGGUGUGGACCUAACAGCGCCCUGUAGCCUUCUGAAGCGCUGACAUCUGCGAAGGGCUUUGUAUUGUAAACUCAAUCAGAGCGCGUCGUAGUCCCGGAAGCGCUUUGACAUCCCCGAAGUAGCGCUGUGCAAACUGAAGCGCUUGGUAAUCGCGGAAGCACGUUGUGGGCUCGGAAACCAAAUCGAACGAAGCCUUUGGUAAAUCCUGGGACCUUCUGGACUUCCCCGAAGCGCUUUGGAAUCGCAGACAUUCGAAGCGCUUUGACAUCUCUGAAACCUUGAGCACUGUGAUGGGCAGUGGAAAGAAGGGGGAAAGGUGCCCAUGGCGUCGGAGAGGCGCAAGGUCAAGUACCACUGGAGCAGCCCUUCGGAGCGGAGUUCCCGCAAGCGCAGCUGCCUCCGGGAGCCCAGUGAUGUGGCCCCCUCCAGCUGGCCAGCUCACAGCUCUGUGUCGCGUUCAGGAGGGGCCAGCAGCCCCAAGCGCAUGAAAACCCAUAAGGAGCAUGGUGUGUCCUGGGGCUCAUCCCGCCGCAGAAGUUCCUCCUCCUCCUCCCAUUCCUCUGGCCCAGGUGUGGGUGGGGCCGCCUCCAAAGGAGGCCUGAUUCAGAGCUCAGGAGAGUUCCUUUCGUCAGGAGGAUCCCCUCGGUGCCCUGCCAGACCUUCUCUAGAAGAAAUGGCUUCUCUCGAGGAGGAAGCCUGCAGCCUUAAGGUUGAUUCCAAAGAUAGUUCUCGUAACCCCAUGGAUUCUGAAUUUGCAGCUGAAGCUGACGUUCAAAAUGACAUAAUUGAGGAACCAAACAAGGUCCAGAAAAGGCAGAGGGAUAGACUUCGAGACCAAGGUUCUACCAUGAUCUACCUAAAGGCCAUCCAGGGCAUCCUGGGAAAGUCGAUGCCAAAAAGGAAGGGAGAGGCUGCCAUGAAGGCAAAACCCAACACGGCAGAGCGUCCCAGCCGCGGAGAGGGGCCAGCCAGGAGUGUCACCAUAUGUGCUCCUCAGAAAGAGAAAAAGUCUGCCCCAGAGGUCAGAGUGGAGGAGGAGAAGGCUGUGCCGGAGAAGAGCGGCUUCUGGGACAGGAGAGUGGUGAUAGACCCUCAGGAGAAACCCAGCGAGGAGCCUCUGGGUGGCCGAAGGACAGUCAUUGACAAGCGCUGUCCAGUCCUGGAGUUUUUGGAUGACUCUGACUCGCAUGUAAACGGCCAGAAACCUAAAGACCGGGAGGUGGUGAUGGAGCGCAACUCUUCAGGAAGUGACUGGUCCGACGUGGACGAGAUUUCCACAGUCAGAUUCUCUCAGGAGGAGCCCGUAUCCCUGAAACCCUCAGCGGUUCCAGAGCCUUCUCCCUUCCCCACGGAUUACGUCAUGUACCCGGCUCAUUUGUACAGCAGUCCCUGGUGUGACUACGCCAGCUACUGGACCAGCGGUCCCAAGACCCCCGGCUACCACUCCGUGGGCAGUGGUGGCAGCGACACGGUGCAAGUGGAGAGGAGCGGCCGGGGCUCUUCCCCCCACUCAACGGUGAGCCCCCAGCACAACUCCAGAGAGCGCCAGGCCGCUGAGGAAGGCAGAUCCCGGAAGUCGCGUUCAUCUCGUUUCUCCAGAAGCUCGGAAGAAGAAGAGGUGAAGGAGAAAAGAACAUUCCAGGAGGACGUGCCGCCACGUCCGUGUGGAGGACCCGCAUCUAGCUCCCUGCCCAGGAGCCGUCGGGAGCCCAGGUUGGAGGGUUUCAUUGACACCCAUUGUCACUUGGACAUGCUCUAUUCCAAGCUGUCGUUCAAAGGGAGCUUCACAAAGUUCAGGAAAAUUUACAGCAGCUCCUUCCCUAAGGAGUUUCAGGGCUGCAUCUCCGACUUCUGUGAUCCUCGCACACUGACAGAUGGCCUCUGGGAGGACCUGUUGAAAGAGGAUCUGGUGUGGGGGGCCUUUGGCUGUCACCCCCAUUUUGCACGUUACUACAACGAGAGUCAAGAAAGAAAUCUUCUGCAGGCCUUAAGGCACCCCAAGGCCGUGGCAUUCGGGGAGAUGGGCUUGGAUUACUCUCACAAGUGCACCACGCCUGUCCCGGAGCAGCACAAGGUGUUUGAGAGGCAGCUGCAGCUGGCCGUGUCUCUCAGGAAACCCUUGGUGAUCCACUGCCGAGAAGCUGAUGACGAUCUGCUGAAAAUCAUGAAAAAAUUUGUGCCUCCAGACUACAAGAUUCACAGGCAUUGCUUCACCGGCAGCUACCCGGUCAUUGAGCCCCUGUUGAAGUACUUUCCCAACAUGUCCGUGGGCUUCACGGCAGUCCUGACCUACUCCUCUGCCUGGGAGGCCCGGGAAUCUCUGAAACAGAUCCCGCUGGAGAGGAUCAUUGUGGAAACUGAUGCUCCCUAUUUCCUGCCUCGACAGGUUCCCAAGAGCCUUUGCCAGUACGCCCACCCAGGCCUGGCCUUGCACACGGUUCGAGAGAUUGCCAGGGUCAAAGACCUGCCUCUCGCCCGCACCUUAGCCACCCUGCGUGAGAACACCUGCCGCCUCUACAGUCUUUAAGCAGAGAGGGUGCCGUCAGGAGUCUCCCAGAAAAGGAUGACCAGUGGCCUGACAGGAGAAAGGCCGUGUGAGCUCUGCCUGUGUGUCCCUGCUCGAGGAUGUUUGAGAGCCCGCUGGGAUGGAGGAAACCCGGACAGGACGUUUCCUGAGACCUCGUCGGAGGCUUCCGCUUCAGGCUGG